UGACAACCCAACAUUCAGUCAUUCACUUCCUGCUAUUAAUAAAGAAGAAGAGUUCCAUAUUUCCUCAAACUUCUCUCUCCAAUCACCCUUCAAUUCAAUCUCUCCCACUUUCCACCUCUCUCCCCUCUCGAAUUCAACUCCAAAUUCUUCUUCAUUAUCGCCCACCACACACACAGAUUCUAUCUUGCUUCCACUAUAUAUAUAUAUUAUUAUACACCACACCUACCCACACAUAUAUGCAUAUCCAUGCAUGCUAAGCUCUUAACUUGAAAGGAAACCCAGAGGCCAGAAGAAGAAGAAGAAGAAAGGAGAUUUUGUUUGGAGUGGAGAAGUGUAAUGGAGGCUGAGAAUUCAAGAUCGAAAGGGUUGGGCAAAGAAUUUGAAGGAAAUGGUGGCCAGAAACUGUCAUCUUCUUCCGACCACCAGAUUAAUGGAUUACCGUUCACAAGCGGCACAAAGCCUGACAGCUUUGUUGUGGACAUGGAACGCUUUGAAAAAGACAUAAACUCAAAUUCAAGAAUCACUUUGCAGAGAAACCUGUCAAGAAAAGGGUCACAGAUGAGAAGUGUGGAGAAGAAGAUCCCCAAUCCAAAUGCUGCCGUUGAUAAUCUCAUAGCUACUUCUCCUAGAGCUGUUUUGCAUGGUGCUGGCACGCCGGAAAAGCCCAUGGUGGUGGUAGUGGGGGCCGGCGCCGACCACUCUGCUCCAGUAACCAUCAUCGCCGCCGGCGCCAACCCAUUAGAAAGCAAAACCAUGGCCGCCGGUGGCAAGAGAUUUGGAUUCCGGCGGCCAUCGUUGGCUUCUUGGAUACUUGAUCCAAGAAGGAUCCUCUUCUUCUUUGCCACCCUGUCGAGCAUGGGAACACUGGUUCUGAUAUAUUUAUCACUGUCUGUGGGGAAGUACAGUGGAGAUGAAAGUGCCCUUUGAUUAGCUAGCUAGCUAGGACUAAAUUAAACCAUCAUGCAUGGCUGAAAUUCUGCUAUUAGAACAGAAUCUACAAUUCAUUGUAAACGUACAGAAACCAUGAAGGCCUCUGAGGUUGUCUGUCUUAGCUUGUCUAGCCAUUGAUGUAAUCUUGAGCUAACAGUAGAAUUUUGCCAUAUCCACCUCCAAACCACACAUCUUUUUUUGUUAUGAAUCUAACUUUAUUUAUUAAUUUUGGA